AUGAAUGACCAGGAGCGUCUGCGCUGCGGGUUGCGCAACGAGCCCCCCGGGACGAGCGCAUCUGGGAUUCAGUGGAGUGAGGAGCUGCAUCGACGGGUGGAGCAGCGCGCCACGGAGGAUUUUUGCUGGAUUCUGACGGCGGAUCAUAGAAAGACGGAGAAAUUUUUGCAGGAAACGUACUUACAGUGGCAUCACCGGGAUGAUUAUUUAGUCACACGCGAGAGCCGAGAGAAGAAGAAGUUUCGCCAGGAUUUGACGCUUCAGCAGGUCAUACAAGAAGGCCAGGAACGAAAUCGACGCAUGCAACGACGAUGA